CACACCUGCAGGAUGGCACUCAAAUUCGCGGCCCCCCUGGCCCUCCUGGCGGUGGUACUCGCCGAUCAGACCUCCCACGUCAGCUUCAGUCUAGGCGGCGCCCCGGCCAUCUCCCAUGGCACCUCCGUCCGCCACUCUCCCGCCUACCACCCCUCGCCUUACCCUCCCCGCCCCUCCUACCACCCACGACCUCCCUACACUCGCAAGUCACACUACCCGCCAGAGCCAGCCUACGAGGCGGAGCCCAUGUACCAUCCCAAGCCCCGCUACUUGCCCAAGCCACCCUACGCCCCGGAGCCCCGAUACCCACACCCACGCCCACAGUACCACCCCGAGCCCUCCUAUGGACACAAGCCCGAGGUCCCUGCCUGUGCCAAGGGCAACCCCAAGCCGUGGUGCCUCGAGGACAAGGACUACCCGACCUAUGAGAUCGAGCACGCUGCUGAGGAGCACUACGACAAGCUGUUGUCCCUGUACGCCGACGUGGCUGACCUCAGCACCGAGCUGUCCGUGUACAGAGCCAAGACCCUCGAGGAGGAGACCUACCUCUGCCCCUCGGAGACUGCCUACGUCAGGCCGCUGCGCGCCAUCAACACGGAGGGCAAGUGGCGCGUCAUCGUGAACGGCAUCAAGGUGCACUACGAGACCCUCACGCAGACAACUCGCGUAGAGGAGUGUCUCACGGCCGGCGACGCCUGCCCCCUCGUGCCUCAGUGCUACGAAUCGAAGUGCCUGCAAAAGUCCAUCUACCACCGCUUCCUCGUCUACGACCCCUACGAUCAGUACUUCCCAUUCGCCGUGGAGACUUUCAAGCUGCCCGCCAGCUGCGCCUGCCUCCUCGGCGCCUCCACUCUCGAUCACUAACAUCAACAAAAGCAACAACAACAACAACACAACUCUCACUGCCAACCUGACCUCUCUACUGACCUCCCCGUAACCUAAAGGGUGUACGUGAAUCCACACACGCCCCGCCCCUGGCCCGGUGCGGCGUCACGUGAAGAAAGCAGUUCUCUAGUCAUCUCGGUGCGUCAUCACACAAUUACACACUACUUAUCUGUUUAUGAAGAGUAUUUUUCCUACAAAAAAAAUGCGAUGUUAAGAAAGUAAUAAUGAUUGUAUUAAACAUAA